AUGCCGGCAGCUACGUGGGCUUUGAUGGAACAGACGUGCUGGCUUCAAGAACAGUUACCAGUCUAUAUGGAGUUUGCGAAAGAAGGAGACUAUACUCAAUUCUGGCCUGCACUGAAUGACGGUUGGUUCAGCAAGUACCCGGAACGAGCUGUGCUCUUUCCUGACAUCUCUAUCAAUUUACCACUUUCUCCUGAGCAAGAUGAUGCUGUUGAAGAAGCACAGGGUUUGCGCAAGGUUCAACUCAGGACCUGGUAUCGCUGGCGCACAAAUGGUUCAAAGAAAAAUCGCAGCCUUAAGAAGAAGUGUACAGUUUUUGACAAUGCUUUGAAGCCGAAGAGAUGCGCUAAGACCGAGGCUGAGAUUUACUCCGAAAUGUAUUACGACAAACAUAUCAAGCCAUUGGUCAUGGCUGAAGCAGAAGCCGGAAACGUGACGACUUCUGGGAAACAUGUGGCGCUGGCCCAAAAAUUCUCGAAGGAAUUGCUGGAAGAUGAAACUGAGGAUGUCAAGGCCGACAUCUGUUCAAAGUACAAGGAGCAGCUGCAAGCUGUCCAGAAGGUUGCCAAACAUGGCAAUAACUUUCUUGAUCUGGACGAUGAAGUGGAUGACGAGAUGGAUGCAAAGGUCAUUACACAAGGUAUAGACGACCUGCCUGUUAUUUGCCGACACUUUGCGCAACUUGUGAAGCAGAAGACUCGGUUUGUCAUGUCAUUCAUGUUCGCUGGCCCAGAUCCGAGGAAUGGCUGGGACAUGACGACUUUAUCAUGUCACCCUUCAGAAACACCACAAGGAAAAUCAUUCACUGAGAUAUACGAGAUGGCUGACAGAGAAUUCCUGGAGGCAUUCCAGCAUUAUGCUGAAGAGAUCUUCCCUGCCAACAAGCGCAAGCUUGAUGCGACCACAAUGAGCAGGGACGAUCGCUGCGAGACCAAGGGGGAUGAUGAAGACAAGGUCGAGGAGCACGAUGCGCAACUAGAAGAAGACUCUUUGAGUCACCAAGGGGGAAAGACUCAGCCAAGUUGGCAUGAAGAUGAGGGGGCUGGGAUGGGGACUCUGGACUCUGGUGUCUUCUUUCUGAACCUACUAAGUGAUGCAUCAUCUGUGCAGCCCAGGCCUGUCUUAGGCAAUGCAUCAAUCACGCUUGAUGCAUCAAUCAUGCUUGAUGCAUCAAUCGCACCUGAUGCAUCAGCUGUGCAGUCUGGUCCUGACUUGGGUCAUGCAUCAAUUACACCUGAUGCAUUGAUAGGUGUGAUGGAUACAUCGUAUGACACGGCGGGCCGUGGUCACGGAACAUACACAUAUAACGAUCAUGCCCUGUAUAGGAUGCAGCCCGAUCUGGCCUAUGACGCGCAUGCUCAUAUCACCUACCAUUCUCAUAUGGCCUAUGAUCCACAGUACGGGACGGAAAACCAUCUGACCUACGAUACGGCUACUCAUGACUUGCUGAGCAGCAGUCAGACUGAUGCGUCCUUCCAGGUCAUCCUCCCCCCGACUGAUACAUCGUUAUCUCAGGGAUCCUCACUCCCAAUGCAAACAACCGACUACGCUGGCUUCGGUGUCAUUACCCCCACCUUUUCACUCACCGAUGCACCACAUGACCUGCAGGAUGCAAACUGGAACUUCGAUGGAGUAGGCUUGCCUUCAAUUGGUGGAGUAGCAGGCACUCCUCAUGGUGGGUGGCGACUCUCAGAUCUUUUGUCCCCUAUCUCUGCGGAGCGCAGCAGCUUGGCUGCUAAAACCAAUCAUGACUCACUUCCUGUUUUUCCAACGCCUCUUCCUGCUGCGACUGACAAGGACUCCCUUCCUGUUCUUCCAUCCCCUGUUGUGCCUCCGGGUACGAGUGAUAUUUCGCACCCUCUUAUUGGUAAGGCUGGAGUGGAUCCUACUCGUGUAAAACCUGUCCCAAAGCCUGGAAAGAAAUGUCUCAAUGCGAAGUCUAUAACUAACAAGACGAAGGCAGCCACUGCAAAACCUGCCCCCAUUCCUAAGGACAGCGCUGCAGCAACCAAGAUCUUAUCCAAUCCCAUUGCCAUGAUUGAAGUCACCGGACCUGCCAAUGCUAAUGCGAUGGACUCCGCAGUGCGCAUCAAACGUGUCCCGAUGUAG